AAACGGGACUUCAAGAUGCAAGCACAGUGAUUGAGUUAACCGCCCCGUCAGUCUCCACUCGCUUCCGUCUGCGCAAAUCUGGUGAUCCAGAGGCUGCUGCGGUGGGAUGUGCAGGGGUUGGCAAUGUGCUCAGUCACCGGGCGGAAGCAUCCCUACUCGACUGGAUGCCUGUUGAGAGUCGCCUCUGUGCGGUUCAUCUGGCAACGUCUGUGAAGGAGUCUCACAAGCGGCAAGUUGAUAGAGGUCUAUUUAUGGUGUUUGCCUACGCCCCAACUAACAGUAGAUCCGACGCCGUCAAAGAGGCUUUUCGACGCCCUGAAUGCCCUGCUGCGAAAGUCAAAGAAAUGGAAGAGGCCCAGAAAGCAGGUAAUGCCCGAAGAUUAUUCCAGUUGAUCCUUGCGACCGGUCCCCAGAAGCCAUCUGUGAAUGAAACUAUCAUGCAUCGAAAUGGAACGACCAUCUCUAAUAAGGAAGAACGCCUCGACCCGUGGGCUGAAUACUUCAAACAGCAACCAUCUAGGCCGCCGGCCGUCACUCGUCUAGAGCCCACAGGUGAAGUAGAACGCUGGACGGUGAACGUGGAACCACCUACGGCCUCGGAGUGCCACCGAUCUCCUAGCCCGGAUGACCUCCCACCUGCACUGUUCAAAGACGGGGGUGAAGUCCUCAGUCAGCGCCUGUCCGACUUGUUUGCUUGCAUUUGGGAAAAGGAGUCUGUCCCAGACAACUGGGGAGAAUCGGUGAUAGUGCCCAUUUUCAAAAAAGGGGCGCGUAGUGUUUUUCAAUACCCCAUCAUGGUUGGUUCAAGUAAAAAAGCUGAAAAAGAUCCCACUGACCGUCGGAACCACAGCAACACAGAGGAGACAGCCCUUCGUCUUGGGCAUAGCAGUCCAGACGAGGAUGUUCAAGAGGAUGAAGAGGUCAAGAAGGAAAUCUUUCUUGAGCCAGAUGACGAAUUCCUCGGAUUCACUACAAACCCGGAUCUCGAAGGAGCAGAGUAUCUGGAAUCAAUCGAUGAUGCUCCGAAACCGGGGAUUGUCAAACCCAGUCAACCUAUUUCCGAUAUGAUACGAGACCGUAUCUAUCUGACAGGAUUCGAACCAAUCAAACACUGGAGUGAACAAAUUGCCCAACAUAUCAACGAUGACUUUGGUUCAGGAGAAAAGUUGCAACUGUUUAUCUACUUGAAUCGUAAAAAUGAGUUACGAGUAACUUUCGAUGUUCCAAUGCAUUGGUAUUCCGAACUGAACUAUUUCAUUCACAUUCCAGGUGCGGAAGGUAAAACACUCACAUCUGACAACUUUGACGUACGUGUGCAUUACGGUACUGUUGUUGGUCGAGGGAUUGAAUCCCUUCUGCGCAUCAUGUCUACGAUAUUUGCACCCGCCUUCUUCGCCAACAAAACCUGGCCAGACAGUAUUAAGAAUGACUUCUCACUACAGUUGCAACGGUUCAUGUCUGCAUUGACUGACGCUCGAUGGAAGUUGGAGAACAAGACCGUCCUGUACAUGCCCACUGAAAAGAUAGAACGCGACUCAGAAAUUGAAGCCAAAAACAAGGAUUUGGUUAACCGAUUCGAAAUGAUCGUGAUUCACUGGACUAGACAAAUAAAAGCUGUUCUAAACUCUCAGAACACCGCAGACGAAGUGGAAGGAACAGGUCCAUUGGACGAAAUUGAAUUUUGGCGUAAUCGAUGCGAAGACCUGACUGGUAUCAGUAAACAACUGGACAAGGCCGAAGUGAAGAACAUUACUGACAUCCUUACUGCGGCCAAAUCUUCCUAUGUAGCCGCAUUUAUCAGGCUAGCUGACGAGAUCAAAUUCAACACACAACAAGCGCAGAGUAACUUGCAAUUCCUCAACACACUGAAAGAAAUGUGUCAUCAGUUGGCCGAAUCGACUCCCAGAGAAAUUCCUCCGAAACUUCCCCGAAUCAUCAGCGUAAUACGCAUGAUAUGGGUCAAUUCGAAACACUACAAUACAAAGGAGAUUAUCACAGGGAUGUUCCGUAAACUAUCCAACGAGAUCAUCAACCGGUGCUGUAGUGUGAUCUCAUUGGACGAUAUUUUCGAUGGCAAGGUUAUCUCUAGUUCGAACAACCUACGACACUGCAUCACGUGCUGCGAAGAGUACAAGGCCAUUUAUGACAAGCUACAGAAAAUACACUCACGUCAUUCGGCGUUCCCGUGGGACGCACAAAAAGGCAGUAUCUUUGCUCAGGUUGAUGCGUUUAUUCAGCGAUGUCGAGACCUCCUAGAAAUAUGUGAAUGCCAAAAGAACUUUGGCCGCUACGAGGAAGGCACAAAGACAACCAUGCCAAUUUUCCAGGGCGCUCGCGGACCGGAGUUGGAAGUUCUGCUCAACACAAUCGAACAAAUGUUUGGGAAACUGAUGCGCAAUUUGUAUGACAAGCGAACCUCAAUAUUGGAUGUGAAGGCAACAUCAUGGCAUGACGAUUAUAAUCGAUUCAGGGUUGGAAUCAAAGAUCUUGAAGUGAUGAUGCAAAAUGCGAUCAAUACGGCGUUCGAGACGGUGACAACCAUACAACAAGGUGUUGAAAUAUUGGACGUGUUUGCUCACCUGCAGAGUAGGGAGUUUGGUCUUGUCGCUGGGGUUCACCACAGAUUAUCAAUUGUCAUUUUUCAGGCUAUUCGGCGGACGAUCGAUAACAAGACCCAUGAACUUGUGGCCCGUUUCGGCGAGAUCCUGAAUCAAGUGAAAAAGGAAAUGACUCAAAGGAUAUACGGUGGUCUCCCAAUGCCAACAGAAGCUCAUUACGCAGGGCAAGGGCUGUAUUGGCGAUUCCUUCGACGGAGACUAGAAAAGACCAUGCUGAGUUUGGAUCAGGCUUUCUUCCUGUCUCUUGCGGCUGCUGGCAUGACUGAACAUCGCCAGCAAUACUCACAAACACUGGCUGCCCUGGAAGAUAUGACGAGGAAGACAUUUUUGGAGUUCCAAAGCACAAUCGAUCAGGGGCGGUUUGAUUAUUUACAAAAGCAGUUUUAUCAUUUCAUGCAGGGAACGAGUCGAUUGACUGACUUCUUUACCCUACAGGAUCCAUUGAAAGCUCUUGAAACCUCCUUGCUUCUGAGAAGUUCCAUGCAGCUCUGCUUAAUUGAGCCUAACCUCAACGCGGCUGUGCCGAAGCUCUUCAACGAACUGCACUAUUGGAUACGUCUUGGUGUUGAAGUGCCACCAAAUGCAGCAGAGGCUUUUCGCCGCCGACAUGAACUGCGAUACCUAGUCGAACUGGUUCUGCUUAUCGUCCGAGACUACAACCGCAUUAUGAACUCGCUGAACUCGGAAGAGAGGGCACUAUUUCGUGAACGUAUCAAAAUUCUUGACAAAAAGCUCGCACCUGGGUUCACCAAGUUGCACUGGACUGUAAAGGGUUUGGUGGAGAUGUUUGUCAGUGACGUUCGUGUGCAGGCGUCGAAACUUCAAGGCAAAGUAGAUGACUAUAAGACAGCCAAUGAAGAUAUAAAGGGUAACUGUGAGCAGAUUGCACGAACCUUGCUCAUUCGGUUGGAGCCCAACCGCGUCUACGAGAACACGGAAUUCGAUGACUGUCAGUCUGCUCAUCGUGCCAUCACAAAGAUCAAACUGUUCAAUCUGCAUGAAGGCAUCGUGCAGCAAAUGCGCCAGGUCAAGGAAACGUUUGUAUCCGAGAGUGCUGAUAUUCAGUUAUAUUGGGGCAGAUAUACAGAACGUAUGGACCGCUAUUGCGAAGAGGCAUUUCGACUUAAUGUCAAGCUCUCGCUAAGUGAACUCCAGCGUGCAAUCAACGGUGAUGGGCGAAAUGACCCCAAUCCCUUGUUCAAGGUCGCACUCAAUUUGGACAACGAUGUUCUCGUUUUCCUACCAACCCUGCCGCAGUUAACAAACGUGGUUGCCUCAUUGGGCAAUAAGUUCACGGAGAUCAUUUCCGCAGUACCUCGUCUACCUGAUUUGCUAACACGUAUGAAAUCUUCCAAAGUGCCAAUCUGUGACGCCAUCGCGAACGAUGAGGAAAUCAAUAAAAUACAGGCUAGUAUCAAGCGCGGCAUGCAAGAAAUCAGCUCAGCUGUGCAAGAACCUUUGAGUUAUUGGGAUCAAUUUAGAGAAAUCUGGGAGUUGCCAAAAGAUGACUUCAUUCAGCGGUACCGACAACUCAACCCCCACGUGUCUUCUAUAGAUGCCGACAUUGCUAGGUAUACUGAGGUGACAAACAAGGUGCAAGAUGCCGAAACAAUGGUAACCACUCGCUUCCUUCAACUGGACUUCAGUCUACUGAAAAACGCCAUUGCUGCCCAUUGUCGCGACUGGCAACAGCGCCUGACCAAUCUGCUGUUGGAUAUGACGACGGAUUCACUCAAUGGCAUUUACACUUAUAUUGAAACUAGUUCCGAGAGGAUAUCGAAACCUCCACAAAAUUUGGACGAGUUGAGUGAAUCGAUUCAGCUGUUGGAACGUAUCUUGACUGAGCAACACGACAUUCAAGCCAAAUUUGGUCCUUUGGAAGAGCAAUUUGCUAUACUGGAUAAAUGCGAAGUGACUUACACCGAUUCAGUGGCGGCUAGACGUGCUAAUCUGGCUAAUGACUGGAUUCAAUUUCAGAACACGCUUCUAGCGGCUGAACAAAUGAUCAAGAAGUGCAAGGAGAAGUUUAAGACGGGCUUGCUAGGAGAUUCGGAAGAAUUCAAGCGUGCGGUGGCCAACCUGCUUGCAGAACUGCAGUCAACCGGCCCAUAUUCUGCGGACCUCGCUCCACAAACAGCACUUGACGCUGUGGCAGGUUUCCGAGAGCGUUUGGAUAAGUUGAAAGCACGUGAGCUUGAACUAAGACAUGGACUGAAUUUAUUCAAAAUUGAACAGCCACCCUGUAAGGAAAUUGCUGUGAUUGAAAAGGAUUUGGAAUAUUUGGACGUGAUUUGGACAAUGAAUUACGAGUGGGAGAAAAACUGGGAAAUCUGGAAAUAUGGGCGAUUCUGUGAGCUGCAGACGACGGAAAUGGAAAAUCUGGCCAACACUGUGUUCCGCAAGUUUGUGAAACUGUCUCGGGACUUGAAGGAUAGGAACUGGGAAGUCAUCGAGAGUAGCCGCAUACGGGUCGAUCAAUUCCGGCGAACCAUGCCUCUAAUCAUGGAUUUACGAAAUCCGGCUAUGCGAUCAAGACACUGGGUACAGUUGAAGCUAGAGAUGAACAAGCAGUUUGAUGAGAAUUCAGCCGACUUCACAUUGGAACGCAUUGUCCAAUUGGGAUUCGAACAACAUGCCGAAAUUAUCCAUGAAAUCUCGGGUGCAGCGUCCAAAGAAUUGGCGAUCGAACAUACACUGGACAAUAUGGAAAGGUUGUGGCAGAAUAACGAAUUGGAUAUGGUUCCGUACAAGGAGAAGAACACAUACAAACUGCGAUCGACUGAAGAGGUGUUUCAAGCACUGGAGGACAAUCAGGUGAGCGCUGGUGUGAUAUGCUGCGUUCAACUAUCCACAAUGAAAGCUUCGCGUUUCGUUCGGCCGUUCGAGGUUUUGGUGGACCGUUGGGAAAGGUUACUGUCACUCAUUAUGGAAACUCUGGAACAACUCUUGUCCGUUCAACGUCAAUACUUGUAUUUGGAAACCAUUUUCCUCGGUGAGGAUAUUCGUAAACAGUUGCCUAAAGAAUCCAGCGCGUUCGAUGCAGUUAAUAUGGACUGGCAGUCAAUCACAGCCUUCCUGUAUGAAACAAGAAACACCCGGGCCUGCACAACAAAGCCAGGUCUUCUGGACAAUUUGAACAGGCUGGUCAACAGUUUAGAAGAGAUUCAACAGUCUUUGGAUAUGUAUCUGGAGACCAAACGCCAAAUAUUCCCAAGAUUCUACUUUCUGGCCAACGAAGAUUUACUGGAAAUUUUGGGACAGGGUAGAAAUCCGGAUGCGGUGAUGCCACAUAUGAAAAAAUGCUUUGAUAAUAUAAAUUCGCUAAAAAUUGAAAAGGUACACUCUCGUCUUGAUCGUUAUGGCGGCAUUGCAAAACUGCCAGCUCCUAGACGAAUGAUGCUUGAACCUCACACAUCAGACAAAGGGGACAAAACUCAAGCAGUUGCAGAUUCUGUUACAUCCAAACGUUCUGGGAUAUUAGCACAACAGACCACCGCAGUGCAAGCGUCCCCUGAAGCGCUGCCGGCGCAAAUAUCAAACAUGAACGUUGCAGACGGUGAGCUACAGAACCUCGCAGAUGCAAGUAGUAUCCAAGGUGUUGAAGACUUACAAUCAGACGUUGGCAGGCAUAUCUUCGAAAUUUCGGCCCCAGAAGGUCCGGCCGCAGACGAACAAACAGCAGUAACCGAGGAUAAGGUUGAUGACAUCAUGGAGCCAGGAGGUGAAAGGAUGGACAUUAUUGAUGUAUUUACAAACACCAAACAAGAUCAAAGUGGUCAAGAAUCACCAAGCCUCGAGCCACAGGCGGAUACAGAGGGUUCAUUGUCUAUCUUGACUGAUAAACCCAAAACAGCACAGGCUUCUGACACUUCAAUAUCAGCUGGUACUGCACCCGGUGGGGUAAUACAGUCACCAGCAUCUUCACAUCCCGGAAUUGUUCCUACUGCGGGAAAAGCGAAACAUCACGCGUACACCGCAACCAUCCAUGAGGCGUUGUCUAUGUAUUCGAUGGAUGGGGAAGAGGUUCCCUUCAAGACCAAAGUCCGUUUGGAGGGUCCAGUGGAAUCGUGGCUUUGUGACGUGGAGGAGCAAAUGUAUAAAACCUUGCGAGAUAUGCUCCGAGAGUGUCGCUUUGCGUUGAAAAAAGCUGCAACAAAACGUGAGAAGUUUGUAAAGGACUGGCCUGGACAAAUGUGUAUCACAUCGAGUCAGAUUCAGUGGACUGCAGACGUGACCAGAGCUUUGCAGCUGGUAAGUUUCCCAUUCGCCUGGUUGUCCUCGGCUCUUACCUGUCGAAGUAACGGUAUUAUGGAGUUGUUACAACCAGUCGUUCAUUUGCCUUUCCUGCAGGUUGGACAGCGUCAAGACAAAAAACCGCUGAAGUCACUGCGUCACAAACAACGAAAUAUGCUGGAGAAAUUUUCCGAAAUGAUACGCUCAAAUCUCACCAAAAUCCAGCGUCUAAAAAUCAAUGGUCUGGUCGUGAUUGAAGUGCAUCAGAGAGAUAUCAUUGAGAAGCUGUACAAAUCCGGUUGCAAUGAUAUCAACGCAUUCGAUUGGUUGAGUCAGCUGAGAUUCUACUGGGAUAAAGAACCAGACGACUGUUUCGUUCGGCAAACCAACACCUCCUUCCAGUACGGUUACGAGUAUUUGGGUAACUCCGGUCGCCUCGUGAUAACACCGCUAACCGACCGAUGUUACAUCACCUUGACCACCGCUUUACACCUGCACAGAGGGGGCUCACCCAAAGGUCCAGCCGGUACAGGUAAAACGGAAACAGUGAAAGAUUUGGGCAAAGCACUUGGUGACUAUGUGAUAGUGGUCAAUUGCUCUGAAGGGUUAGACUACAAAUCAAUGGGACGCAUGUUUGCGGGCCUAGCUCAGACGGGCGCCUGGGGAUGCUUUGACGAAUUUAACCGUUGCGAAUUUCCCAAACAGUUGUUGCGAAUUCAUUCCUUUUGGCACAGGAUAAACAUUGAAGUAUUGUCGGUGGUCGCACAACAAAUCCUUUCCAUAUUAUCCGCACUGGCCCUGGCCGCUCAAUCUUCCAGUCCUAUGGAAAAGACUCGAUUCAUGUUUGACGGGCGAAUGUUACAGCUGGUCUGGUCUUGUGGGAUAUUUAUCACAAUGAAUCCGGGCUACGCAGGCCGUACCGAGUUGCCAGACAACCUGAAGUCCAUGUUUCGUCCUAUUGCCAUGGUGGUGCCGGAUUCGUCCAUGAUUGCCGAAAUCACUUUGUUUGCAGAAGGGUUCGGGUCGACCAAGCUGUUGGCGAAAAAAGUUUUCACUCUGUACAGUUUAACAAUCCAACAAUUGAGCAAACAGGAUCACUACGAUUUCGGCUUGCGUGCGUUGGUAUCCGUGCUGCGUUAUGCUGGUCGGAAGAAGCGCUCCAAUCCCACAAUGCCUGACGAGGAAGUCCUGUUACUUUCACUGAACGAUAUGAACUUGGCGAAGCUCACGUCGGUGGACCUGCCGCUUUUUAAGGGCAUUAUGACUGACUUGUUCCCUGGUGUCGAGGCACCGAAUAUUGACUACACAAAAAUCAAGAAUGCUGUAGAAUCCACUUGCAAGUCAAUGAAUCUCCGCAUGAUUCCUUUCACCUUAAACAAAGCCAUCCAGUUGUACGAGACCAAGAGUUCGAGGCACUCUGUGAUGAUUGUGGGAAAAACGUUGUCUGGAAAAUCUACCACCUGGCGAAUUCUUCAGAAUGUUCACAACAACCUAGCCAAAGCUGGCGAGCCUGGUUUCGAACGGGUCCAAGAAUAUCCGCUGAACCCGAAGGCUGUAUCCUUGGGAGAACUGUAUGGAGAGUUCAAUCUGGCCACUAAUGAAUGGACUGAUGGGGUUCUUUCAUCUGUGAUGCGACAGACCUGUGCUGGUAGGAAAUUUUUUAUACUGCUUUUGCAUAAAAGACUCUGUUGCUGCAGUGUAUGGUAUCCAAUGACCACCUUUGUUGUUACAGAUGAUACACCGACGCUGAAAUGGAUCAUAUUCGACGGGCCGGUUGAUACUCUGUGGAUUGAAAGUAUGAACAGCGUGAUGGAUGAUAACAAGAUCCUCACACUUAUCAACGGUGAACGCAUAUCAAUGUCGGAACAGGUCUCCCUCUUGUUCGAAGUCGAGGAUUUGGCCGUUGCUUCCCCCGCAACUGUAUCCCGCUGUGGAAUGGUGUAUAAUGACGCACAUGACCUUGGUUGGUGGCCCUACGUCAAUUCCUGGUUGGCAGCAAAACAGGAUAAGACACUGGUGGAUGAAACGAGACGUCUGUUCGAGAAGUACAUUGAAAAUUUACAUCAAUACAUCAAACAAAAUUGUAAUACCUUGGUGCCAAUGAGUGAAACGAAUACAGUAAUAUCACUCUGCAGAUUGUUCGAUGGAUUGGCUACGCCAGAAGCGUGGGUUGAUCCAGCAGACACAGACUACUACACUCGACUUGUGGAAAUGACAUUCCAAUUUUGUAUGAUUUGGUCUGUCUGUUGCAUGGUCGAUGAGGAUGGUCGGAAAAAGAUCGAUUCCUAUAUUCGCGAGAUUGAAGGCAGUUUUCCAAACAAGGACUCUAUCUACGAGUACUGUGUGGAUCCGAAAGGUCACACUUGGAUACACUGGGAAGAGAAACUGCGAGGAGGUUGGAAAUAUCAACCAAACGAACCGUUUUACAAAAUCUUGGUACCCACUGUGGACACGGUACGCUACCAAUUUCUGGCCAGCCAGCUUGUUGGUAAUCACAAUCCCAUCCUACUGAUUGGGCCUGUUGGUACGGGAAAGACCUCUUUGGCAGUCAAUAUUCUGAACAGUUUAGACCCGAAUAUAUGGACUAACCUGACGAUAAAUAUGUCCGCCCAAACAUCCUCUAGCAAUGUGCAAGACAUCAUCGAAGGUCGCGUAGAGAAACGAACGAAAGACACUUUUGUCCCAAUAGGUGGAACGAAUAUGCUCACAUUUAUGGACGAUUUCAACAUGCCUGCCAAAGAUGCGUUUGGUUCCCAACCUCCGUUGGAACUGGUUCGCCAGUGGUUAGACUACGGGUUCUGGUAUGAUCGCGUAAAACAGACUAUCCGAAAGGUGACAAACAUGUACUUGUUGGCUUCGAUGGGACCUCCCGGUGGCGGACGCAUGGUCAUCUCCAGACGACUACAGGCGCGGUUCAAUCAGAUUGUUAUCACAUUCCCAACGGAAUCCAGUUUGAAACGUAUUUACGGAAGUAUGCUGACACAAAAGCUGCUGGAGUUCGAAGAUGACGUCAAGUCCAUGUCUGAGAGUUUACUUCAGGCUUCCAUCGAUUUGUACAAUAUGGUCAUCAAUAAAUUUCUGCCCACGCCAACAAAGAUGCACUACCUGUUCAACCUGAGAGAUAUAUCUAAGAUCUUUCAAGGUCUUUUACGCGCCAGUAAAUCACAAAUCGAGACCAGAACGUCAAUGCUGCGUCUUUGGAUUCAUGAAGGCCUCCGAGUGUUUGCAGAUCGACUUAUCAAUGACAAAGAUCGCACAGCUUACGUUGAUCUGGUUGGCGACGCUUUGGCGACCCAUUUCGAUCAGACCUAUCACUCCUUGUGUCCAGCCCGACAAUCGCCUAUUUUCGCCGAUUUUCUGAACGCAGAAGGAGAGUAUGAAGAUAUCACAGAUUUGGACCGACUGCGAAGAUUUUUGGCCGAUACACUAAGGGAGUACAAUGAGACACCGGGAACAGUACCCAUGGACUUGGUUCUGUUCCGUGACGCGAUUGAGCACACUUGUAAGUUAACUCGUGUCCUCAAGCAACCACGUGGCAACAUGUUGCUAGUCGGUAUUGGCGGCAGCGGACGACAAAGUCUCAGUCGUUUGGCGGCUUACAUUUGUGAAUUCAAAAUCUUCCAGAUCGAAGUAACCAAGGUCUACCGGAAACAAGAAUUUCGAGAAGAUGUAAAGCGCAUGUAUUUCCAGGCCGGUGUGGAAAAUCAGCCUACAUUGUUCAUAUUUACCGAUACACAAGUAGUGGAAGAAUCAUUUCUUGAAGAUAUCAACAACUUGCUCAGUUCUGGAGAAGUCCCCACUCUUUACAAACCGGAUGAAUUUGAAGAGGUGCGCCAGGCACUACUAGACACAGCCAAACAGGAGGGAGUCAGUGAAUCAACCCAAUCAAUCUUUCAAUUUUUCAUUGAGCGUGUGCGGUCUAACCUACACAUUGUGUUGUGUAUGAGUCCGAUCGGUGAGCCCUUCCGCAAUCGGAUGCGUAUGUUCCCAGCCUUUGUCAACUGCACAACUAUCGAUUGGUUUAGUGAAUGGCCACUGGAAGCACUGCUGGAGGUCGCGGAGAAGUACUUGAACGAUGUGUCUCUUAUCGUCAGUGAACCCGACCCUCAGAUUCUGGUUAAGAGGGAGAACAGACUACGUGCCAGCAUCGUAAAGAUAUUUGCCAACAUGCAUCGUUCGGUGGCUGACAUGGCAUUAUUGAUGUUGGCUGAGUUGCGACGUCAUGUCUAUGUAACACCGACGAAUUACCUGGAACUCGUAGCCGGAUACAAAGUACUGCUGUAUCAGAAACGCCAAGAACUGAGUGACAAAGCGAACAAGUUAGCAAACGGGUUAGGAAAGAUUGAUGAAACACGAGAGAAAGUCGAAGUCAUGUCAGUCGAGCUGGAGGAUGCCCGCAAAAAGGUGGCGGCCUUCCAAAAGGAAUGCGAUGAUUACCUGGUCAUUAUUGUGCAACAGAAGAGGGAAGCGGAUGAACAGGCUAAGGCUGUGAUACAAACUCAGGAAAAGAUUAAAGUGGACGAGGUCAAGUGUAUGCACAUGGCCGAGUUGGCGAUGGCAGACUUGGCCCAAGCAAUGCCCGCACUGGAAGCAGCCAUGCAGGCUCUGGAAGCACUCAAUAAGAAGGAUAUCACAGAAAUAAAGUCCUACGGAAAGCCUCCAUUCUUAGUGCAGAAAGUCAUGGAAGCAGUCAUGAUUCUUCGUGGUGCCGAGCCGACUUGGGCCGAGUCACGGCGACAGUUGGGAGAACAAGAUUUUAUUAAACAGCUCGUCAACUUCGACAAGGACAACAUCAAUGAUCGAACUUUGAAGAAAAUUGGACUCUACUGUGCUCAAGAUGAUUUUCACCCGGAUGUCGUUGGGAAGGUCUCAACUGCUGCGAAGUCUCUCUGCAUGUGGGUCCGCGCAAUCGAGGUCUACGGGCGUGUAUACCGGGUGGUUGAACCCAAACGACAACGGUUGCAACAGGCUGAAGCAGUACUGCGUGAGAAACAGGAAAUGCUUGCUGCAGCACAAGCAAAAUUAGACGAAGUGAACGCUCAAAUGAGACGUUUGCAACAGGAGUACAACGAGAAGAUGGAACAGAAAGAAGAACUUCGACUAAAAGCAGAACAUACCGAGAAAAUGUUGGAUCGAGCCAGCAAAUUGGUCAGUGGACUGGCUGGUGAAAAACUUAGAUGGGAAAGCACCGUGGCUGAUCUAUCGGCUCGCAUUGAACUACUACCCGGAGAUUGCCUUCUGGCUGCUGGGUUCCUGUCCUAUAUGGGACCAUUUUUGAGUGAGUAUCGUGAGAAGCUGGUACGAAAUUGGCUGACUUUAGUUCGCGCGGAAGCUGCUCCUGCUUCGGACCCAUUUGUAUUCACUGAAUUCUUAGCGGAUCCAACACAGGUGAGGGAAUGGAAUCUCCAGGGCUUACCAAGAGAUGGCUUUUCGGUUGAAAACGGUGUCAUCGUCACACGAGGCUCUCGUUGGCCUCUCAUGGUUGAUCCCCAGUGUCAGGCUCAGAAGUGGAUCAAAUCAAUGGAAGGAAAGGCGCUAAGAGUGAUCGAUUUGCAGAUGCCAGAUUACAUUCGUGUUCUGGAAACCGCAGUUCAGUUUGGCCAACCAGUUCUGAUGCAGAACAUUCACGAGCAUCUGGAUCAAGCCUUAGAUCCAGUGUUGAAGAAAUCGCUUGCGAAAAUUGGUGGAGUGCUGAUCAUGCGUUUGGGCGAUAAGGAAAUUGAAUAUAACGAAAACUUCAGGUUCUACCUGACGACCAAACUACCCAACCCUCAUUAUGCACCCGAGGUGUGUGCCAAAACGACUGUUGUGAACUUCGCCGUAAAACAACAAGGUCUUGAGGCUCAACUUCUCGGAAUUGUUGUGAGAAAGGAACGACCAGAAUUGGAAGAACAAAAAGACAAUCUGGUCAUCGGUAUCGCAGCCGGAAAACGGAAAUUAACCGAACUGGAAGAUGAAAUUCUUCGACUGCUGAAUGAAGCACAAGGAUCUCUGCUGGAUGAUGAACAGUUGGUGAAUACACUACAGACUUCUAAAAUCACAUCAACAGAAGUGACGGAGCAGUUGCAAGUUGCUGAAAAAACCGAAGUUCAGAUUGAUACAGCUCGGGAAGGUUACCGGCCAUGUGCAGAAAGAGCUUCCAUUUUGUUUUUCAUCCUAAACGACCUUGGGCGGAUCGAUCCCAUGUACCAGUUUGCCUUGGAUGGAUACAUUGAUUUGUUUCACCUUAGUAUCGACAAAAGCCCUCGUUCGGGUAAACUAGAAGAUCGCAUCGUCCAUUUGAACGACUACCACACAUACGCUGUAUAUCGUUACACGUGUCGCGGUCUGUUUGAACGCCAUAAACUGCUAUUUUCAUUCCAAAUAUGUGUCAAAAUUUUAGAAGCUGCGGGAAAGCUCAAUCAAGACGAGUAUAACUUCUUCUUGCGGGGCGGUAUUGUACUGGACCGCGAUAACCAGCUUGAUAAUCCAUGUAACUCCUGGCUUUCUGAACAGUGUUGGGAUAAUAUUACAGAAUUGGACAAACUGCCAAACUAUCAUGGUCUGGUUACAUCUUUCGAACAGUAUCCACGUGACUGGCACAUGUGGUUUACUGCAGCAGAGCCGGAGACCAGUCCACUUCCAGGCGAAUGGGACAACACAACGAACGAGUUCCAGCGUAUGCUGAUUGUGCGUUCCUUGCGACCGGAUCGUGUUGCAUUUUGUGCCACAUCAUUCAUAACAAGCAACCUGGGCAGUCGAUUCGUUGAACCACCAGUACUAGAUAUGAAGCAGGUCGUUGAGGAUAGCAACACACGAACCCCACUGAUUUUUGUACUAUCCACGGGUGUCGAUCCAACCAGUGGUUUGCUCCAGUUGGCUGAAAACUGUGGAAUGGGAAAGAAGUUUAAUGCUUUAUCUCUGGGACAAGGUCAAUCUCCGAUCGCCACACGUCUCGUGCAAGAGGGUGUUCACGACGGGAACUGGGUGUUCCUAGCAAACUGCCAUCUAUCACUUUCAUGGAUGCCACAAUUGGACAAGAUUGUUGAACGACUGGGUUCGGAAGAGACCCAUCCGGAAUUUCGACUAUGGCUAUCGUCCAGCCCGGAUCCACAGUUUCCAAUAUCCAUCCUCCAGGCAGGAAUUAAAAUGACUACUGAGCCACCGAAAGGACUGCGCUCCAAUAUGAAACGGCUGUACCAUUUGAUAAAGGCAAGUUACAAUGCGGGUUUCCGAUGUUUCAUAGAGGAUCAGUUCACAACCUGCCACAAGCCGGAAAAGUACAAAAAGCUUCUGUUCUCUCUCUGCUUUUUCCAUUCCAUACUGCUGGAGAGACGUAAAUUCCUGAUGUUGGGCUGGAAUAUUCCGUACGAAUUCAACGACUCCGAUUUUGAAGUGUCAGAACAUUUGCUUACAAACUAUCUCGAUCAGUAUGAGGAGACGGCUUGGGAUGCUCUCAGAUAUUUGAUUGCUGAUAUCAACUAUGGUGGCCACGUGACAGAUGACUGGGAUCGACGCUUGUUGACUACCUACAUCACGGACUUCUUCAAGGAGGAUGUACUCAAAGAGACAUUUUACAAGCUGACCCCCUUGCCAUACUAUUACAUCCCACGAGAUGGUACUCUGAAUGCCUAUCGGGAGUUUGUUUCGAUGCUUCCACAAAUGGAUCAUCCAGAGGCUUUCGGUCAGCACCCGAACGCAGAUAUCACGUCGCAAAUUCAAGAGACACGGAUGCUAUUGGACACCCUACUUUCACUUCAGCCACAGGUCUCCACGAGCGCCGGAGUGUCCAGAGAAGAAUUGGUACUGGAACUGAUUGAAAAUCUCCAAAAACAAAUCCCUGAGAACAUUGACUAUGAGGGCACGGUCAAAAUCUUCGCCAACGACCACAGUCCACUGGUUGUGGUUCUGUUGCAAGAGAUUCAACGAUACAACGCCUUAUUACAUAAGAUGCGCCGGGAUUUGACUGAUCUGAGCAAGGGUAUACAAGGUUUGGUUGUGAUGUCUUCUGAACUUGAAGACAUUUUCCUAUCAAUCUUCGACGGUCGCGUGCCGGAAUACUGGAGCAAAACAUACUGUUCACUCAAACCACUUGGUUCCUGGGCGAGGGAUAUGGCGGCGCGCGUGGAAAUGUUUUCAAAGUGGGCACGGACGGCCCAUCCUCCGAAAGCAUUCUGGAUUGGUGCCUUCACUUUCCCCACAGGAUUUCUUACUGCAGUCCUCCAAACCGCAGCCCGUCAGAACAAUGUCUCAGUAGACAGCCUUAGCUGGGAAUUCACAGCGCACACAACAAUGGAUGUGAACACACUUCCAACACCCAAAGACGGUGUAUUCGUCUGCAACUUAUACUUGCAGGGUGCCGGUUGGGACAGAAAGACAGGCUGUUUGGUAGAAGCUACUCCGAUGCAGUUGGUUUGUGCCAUCCCGCCCAUUCACUUUAAACCUGUGGAAAAUAAGAAGAAAUCCUUAAAAAAUAUUUACGUUGCACCUUGUUACUAUUAUCCCAACCGCGCCGGAACCUCAGACAGACCUUCCUUCAUGAUCGGAGUGGAGUUGAAGACCGGAGAGAAGCCGCCAGAACACUGGACCAAACGAAGCACAGCAUUGCUUAUGAGCCUCGAUACAUAACCAACCACGACAUUCAUUUUAUCCGGAUUUCACUUUCUCAAGUGCCUUGAUCUCGGCCACAGUCAGCUGAACACAAUGAACUGUUUGACGAACGAUUUUCUCAUUUUUUUGUUGCUCAAUGUUGACCUAGGGUUCAAAUGUAUAGUGUCAUACGGUAUUGUAUCAGUAAAAAAAGUAAAAUC